CAGGGAGCUGGGAGGCGAGAAGCCGGGCGCGCGGGGCUCAGUCGGGGGGCGGCGGCGGCGGCGGCUCCGGGUAUGGCCGCGGCUCCGCUGCUGCUGCUGCUGCUGCUCGUGCCCGUGCCGCUGCUGCCGCUGCUGGCCCAGGGCCCGGGGGGGGCGCUGGGAAACCGGCAUGCGGUGUACUGGAACAGCUCCAACCAGCACCUGCGGCGAGAGGGCUACACGGUGCAGGUGAAUGUGAACGAUUAUCUGGAUAUUUACUGCCCCCACUACAACAGCUCGGGGGUGGGCCCCGGGGGCGGGGCGGAGCAGUACGUGCUGUACAUGGUGAGCCGCGCCGGCUACCGCACCUGCAACGCCAGCCAAGGCUUCAAGCGCUGGGAGUGCAACCGCCCGCACGCCCCGCACAGCCCCAUCAAGUUCUCGGAGAAGUUUCAGCGCUACAGCGCCUUCUCGCUGGGCUACGAGUUCCACGCCGGCCACGAGUACUACUACAUCUCCACGCCCACCCACAGCCCGCACUGGAAGUGUCUGAGGAUGAAGGUGUUCGUCUGCUGCGCCCCCACAUCGCACUCCGGGGAGAAGCCGGCCCCCACCCUCCCCCAGUUCACCAUGGGCCCCCAUGUGAAGAUCAACGUGCUGGAGGACUUUGAGAGGGAGAAUCCCCAGGUGCCCAAGCUUGAGAAGAGCAUCAGCGGGACCAGCCCCAAGCGGGAACGCCUGCCCCUGGCAGUGGGCAUCGCCUUCUUCCUCGCGACGCUCUUGGCCUCCUAGCUCUACCCGCUCCCUUGGCGGGGAGACAUGGGGCUGGGAAAGGGCAGGGAGACUUUGGUCUCUCCGAGAGAAGCCUAGCUGUGGGGCCUGGACCCCUGCUCCGGUGGCUGGAAGCGGGGUCUGCACCAUACAUCUGUGCCCGUGCCCUUUGCCCCCUCUCUCCCCUCGUGGGGCACUGUAGUGGACCAGACACAGGGACAGCCACGGGUCCCGGGUGGCCUGUGGCUCUGGUACCUUUCUCUGACCCCGGUACCCUCCCCUGUUGUCACCACCGGAGACAAAUAUGCCCCAGAGAGAGCAGA